GGGAUAGAUGGGGGAAAGGGGAUCGUGUGGAUCCGCGCCCUGACAGCGGGGGCCGGCAGGUGCAGGCGACGCGCCCACCUGAGGAGCGACGCGCCAUGGUCCACUUGACCGCCCCGCUCUGCAAGGCCUACCGCGCGGGCCACUUAACCAUCCGCCUGGCCUUGGGUGGCUGCACCAACCGCCCCUUCUACCGCAUCGUAGCCGCGCACAACAAGUGCCCGAGGGAUGGCCGCUUCGUGGAGCAGCUGGGCUCCUACGACCCACUGCCCAACAGCCACGGAGAAAAGCUCGUUGCCCUCAACCUGGACAGGAUCAGGCAUUGGAUCGGUUGCGGGGCCCACCUCUCCAAGCCUGUGGAAAAGCUGCUGGGUCUUGCUGGCUUUUUCCCUCUGCAUCCCAUGGUGGUCACAAACGCCGAGAGACUGCGGAGGAAGCGGGCACAGGAAGUCCUCUUAGCAUCUCAGAAAACAGAUGCCAAGGCUGAUGAGACAGAAGAGAGCGGCCUGCAGUGAGCCGAGCAGUGGACACGAGGGCACUGCUCUCUAAGAAAC